GCGGGCGCCCGUGCGCAGAGGGCCCGCUCUGUGGCGCCGCGGACGCUCGGUCGGGGAGCGCGAGGCCAGCGCGUCCUGCCCUCGGAACAAUGGGAGUCGGCGCGCGCGGAGCCUGGGCCGCGCUGAUCCUGGGCGCGCUGCUGGUGCUGGCGCUGCUGAAGGCCGCCGUGGACAGCGCGGACCUGGACGAAUCUGUAAAGACAAAGAACUUGGUGCCUUCAGGAAACCACAGCGCGAACCCCCCAGAAAAUGUCACCACUGUGACCUCCAACCUCACAAGCCAGCCCACCAGUACCAUGAGACCAUUGACGACGCCACGGUCUUCAGUCGCCAAGACAGAGGCAGUCAUGGCCUCGACAUCCACAGCAACAGCUCAAAUCACCACACCUGCGGACUCCACCAACAGGACUCACACCGGCUCAGUUUCCCAGAACACAACGGAGACAACGCCAGCCUCAGUGACCACCCCAGCCCACAACAGUUCGGUCACGUCCGUUUCUUCCUCCGUGAAACUCACACCAACUGUGAAUUCCAUCGGAAACCCAGGAUCAAAGUUCGACAUUGGCAGCUUCCUGGGCGGUAUCGUGUUGACGCUGGGAGUCCUGUCGCUUCUCUUUGUCGGGUGCAGGACGUACUAUUCGAGACGAGGCAUUCGCUACAGAACCAUUGACGAACACGACGCCAUCAUUUAAGGAAAUGUAAGGAGCCACGGAAAGAAGACUGGGAACAGCCCUCCCACUUGUGAGGACGGCCAUGCACCUGCUGUACAACCUAUCGCAAAAAGGGUUUGGGUUUCUACAUAUGUGUCUGGAACGGGCAGUUAAUGUUGACAAAUAGAGACAAGUCCUCCCCUGCAGCGUAGCCCUGGUCACCCUGGGGCGUGACUAACAACCUCCUCCCGAAAGGGCAGCCCCCCAUUCGGACCUUAGGAUUUUCACACCGACGCCACGGAGCAGAGAGCAGAGGAAGCCGCGGCUUUUCCGGCUCAGUACUCCGCGCUCCGGGUGGUUGGUGGAAGUCGGGAACUGCAGUGUGACCGAGGGUUUAAAGCGGCUGUGACGACAGUGUCCCUGCUGGAAACGGCAGGGCUGCUUCCUGUAGCUGGACCCCGUAACGCAGUUGGACACCCCCCCUCCCCCCGCUCACGACACCCCUUCUGCCAGGGCUCAUGGCUGCGUUCCCACCCCCGGGAGGGCGCCCCUCCCCUACCGCAGGACGAUCCUGCGUUCUUGUGCACUGCUGAUUUUCCUCCGAUUUGGGGAAAUUAGUAUACUAAAAAAAGCUUUGUACUGGGAUUAGAGUCUUCAGUUUUUAAAAACAGAAGCUUACAAGUCUUGAGGCCCCUCAUCUCCCAUGGAGGGCACCCGGCUGGGUUGUGCUGACAGCAGUGUCCGUCCACAGAGGUCCAAGGGUUCGGCUUUAUGGUUUAGAUUACAGCAGCCAAAACUCAGGGUCAAGCUUGGCCAAAAAAAAAAAAAAAGUAGGUAGUCCUACUAAAGGACCACCAGGCUAGGCUGGACUUCACUAAAAUGGCAUUUCUUUUGUCUGCUAAUUCAGAAAUAGCUCAGAUGUCCAAAUCACCCUGCGUCUACACCGAACAGGGCUUAAAUGUAACUUGUGACCAGCAUUGGGCUUUCAGAGAAUGCCAUGAAUUUCAUAUAAAAGCGCCAUUUCUACUCUGCAUCAUGGCCCACAGACGGGAGGGACAGGGCGGGUCUGCGAGGCACGCGCUGCGGCGGGAAGACACGGAAGCACGGGGCGGCCCCGGCUGCAGAGAGGGGACUGCGUUCGCGACCCAACAGCGCCGCCGGCUCUCGCUGUGAAAUCCGCUCACGCCCCGAGUACAAGCUUCCGUCUGGAGUCCCACGAGGGCCUUUCCAGUCGUCCUUCUGUUUCCUGCGUGCUUCCCGCUUCAGGGGUUGGGGUCCGUCAGAACCUGGAAGCCGGGCCUGACUCUGCCUGUUAGAAGAAAUGCCAUUAAAUGCCUUUCCAGCUGCCUUUGGGUCUAAAAACUGUCUUCCGUGUCGGGAAGCUGGAGCACGGCUCCCACGUGGCCCCCACGCCCUAAGCCUAAAUUCCUGUCCUCGGUGUGUUUGCUUCAGCAGGUGCGCACUUCUCUUUGCUUCCUUGAGAAUGUAUCCACUUGAAGAGCUGGUAGAAUCCAAUCUAGGACUUAAGGUAAUUCAAAAAAUGAGCAUUUCCCCCACAGAUAAGAGUUGGCGAUAUAUUAGUGAGACUUUUGUAUUUUUCAGGAGACUUAAAGCCUUAAAGCAGAUUCCUUUUCUCUUUUUAUUAUAAUAACCAACUUUUGGUAUUUCACUGUUACUGAGAUCUAUUUUUAGAAUAAAAUUUUUUCAUUUAAGA